AUGGUUGAUGAUAAGAGCAAGCAGACUGUAAAGGGGGAUUUUCGCCCUUUGACUCAGCUUUUCAAAUCUAAACCUCCCUUUCCUCAAAGGAGAUGCCCAAUUUUUAUUAAGUACUUGAAAGAACCGUUGACCAAAAAGGAGACAGUGCAACUUGAAACCUUGAGUUUGACUCAUACCGUGAGUUCCAUUAUUUCAACAACUCUUUUUGUCCAGAAAAAGGGAGAUCCUGGGGCGUUCACCAUUCGUUGUUCUGUUGGGUACCAUGAUUUUGCUCGUACUUUGUGUGAUAAAGGGGCGAGUAUAAAUUUGAUGCCACUUGCUAUCUACAAUAAAUCAGGUUUGGGAAUACCAAGGCCGACUACUAUGAGAUUACAGAUGGCUGAUAGAUCUAUUAAGAGGUUGGUCGGCGUAAUUAAUGAUGUUCUUGUGUAG